UUGUAGAAAAGCAUGUGACUCAGCUGCAAGGAUUACCAGUAGCGGAAGUGAACAGACUGCUCGGAGCAGUGGUGGACGUCGAGAAUAUAUUCAUGUCCAUGCACCGAGAGGAUGACCACGACACUAAACGCGUUUACUAUUAUUUGUUUAAGAUACUACGCAAAUGCAUAUUAAACCGUUCCCACCCUCGCAUCGAGGGCCCACUGGGCCAGCCUCCGUUCGAGCGACCCUCCAUAGCCAAAGCCAUCACUAACUUUGUACUAUACAAGUUCAACACUCUACCGCAAAGGGAAUGGCAGACAAUGUAUGACCUGGCUAAAAUGUUCCUACACUGUUUUAACCAUUGGAACUUCGAGACGCCUAGUGUUAGGAAAUUGCAAGUCUCAAAUCCGGAAGAUAUAUCAGCAUACCAAAUUAAUUACACCAGAUGGUUAGUAUUCUGCCACGUGCCUGCGUUCUGUGACUCACUGCCUCACUACGACACGUCACUAGUAUUCGGUCGCACGUUGCUGCGGGCAGUGUUCAAGUCUGUCUGCAGACAACUCAUGGACAAGUGCCAUUCUGAGAGGGACCGUAUGCCGCCUGAGAAGAGAGUAUUAGUGCUAACCCACUUCCCUCGGUUCCUAGCAUUGCUAGAAGAGGAGAUUUUCAGUUCAAACUCCCCGAUAUGGGACCCAGAGUUCAAGCAGAUCCCACCGAACCAUCUGCAGGCCAUAUUUGACAAUAAGAACAGUUCGGGCAGAAGAGGCGAGUUUGAACGUGUGACCGCUUCAGGAGACAGUAAAGAUGGGUUCACUACAGUCCAACUGUCGUCAGGUUCAAUAAAAACAGAAGGAGGCAAGCGAGCAAGUGACACGGUGACUGCAAGUUCAGCCAAACGUCGCCGCGUGGCGGACGACACGGCCGACGAUGUUAGCGAGCGGACCGUGGCGGACAUAGUGGCCACCAUCACAGACCCUAACUAUAUGUGUGGACCUGAUGCUCUAUUCCAAAUGCAAGCUCCUCGCGACGAGGCUGCGAAGUCGGAGGAGCAGCGCAAGAUGAUAGAGUUCCACGUCAUCGGAAACUCACUCACUGGACCUGUCAAUAAACAGACCAUGCUCUGGCUUAUUGGUCUCCACAAUGUAUUCUCCCACCAACUACCAGAAAUGACCAAAGAAUAUAUCUCCCAAUUAGUGUUCGAUCCAAAACACAAAACCCUAGCACUUAUCAAGGAAGGCAGGCCCAUUGGUGGAAUUUGCUUCAGGACAUUUAGUUCACAGGGUUUCAGUGAGAUAGUAUUCUGCGCGGUGACAUCUAAUGAGCAAGUCAAAGGGUACGGCACACAUCUGAUGAACCACCUCAAGGACUACCACAUCAGGAACAAUAUCCUACACUUCUUGACCUUCGCUGAUGAGUUCGCUAUCGGCUACUUCAAGAAGCAAGGUUUCAGUAAGGACAUAAAGUUACCGCGCGCGAUGUACCAGGGCUACAUCAAGGACUACGAGGGCGCCACGCUCAUGCACUGCGAGCUCAACCCACGCAUCGUGUACACGCAGUUUACUUCCAUCAUACGGAGACAGAAAGAGAUCGUUAAAAAGCUGAUCGACAUGCGGCAGAAAGACGUAAGGAAAAUUCAUCCGGGAUUAACGUGUUUCAAGGAAGGCGUUCGCAGUAUCCCAGUAGAAUGUAUCCCGGGUCUCCGUGAGACAGGGUGGCGCGGCCCGGCCCGGCCUCACGCCACGGACCACGACCCUGAACCUGACGCCGCUACUCUCAAAAAUAUAUUACACGCGGUGAAAAAUCACACGUCAGCAUGGCCAUUCUUGAAGCCAGUGGACAAGACAGAAGUACCGGAUUAUUACGAUCACAUCAAGUAUCCUAUGGAUCUGCGCACAAUGGUGGAUCGUCUAAAAGCGCGGUACUACGUAUCGAAGCGGUUGUUCAUAGCGGACAUGACACGAAUAUUCACCAACUGUCGGCUCUACAACUCGCCUGAUACUGACUAUUACAGAUGCGCGAACACAUUAGAGAAAUACUUCCACACCAAAAUGAAGGAGGCUGGCCUGUGGGACAAAUGAUCGGAGUUCAAUUUCGACGCGUACUUCGCGAUCGAGAUGAAUGAUUCGCGACCAUAUGACACCGUAUGAAAGUAUAUUAUUAUAACAUCGUAAGUUUCCAUUUGUGGCUCAAAAUUUCUUAUCUUUAACUUUAACUUCAUGGUCAGUAAAAAUAACCAUUCUGUUCGUAGAUUUGGCUACUAUUAUAAUUUUGAUACAAAACCCGAUAAAACUGUUUGGAAUUUCAUCUCCUGUAGACAAAUCUGCGGAAAUAUAUAGUUUUUUGAGACUGAACGCUAUUUUUGAUGCCACGAUGCUGUCUUUAAUUUUAUAAGCUUAACAAACAAAUUCUUUCCUCCAAUCGGAUCAGAAUAAUACUGAAUUGUGUCUGUAUCUUCUCUUCUGCAUAUUGGUUGUCUAUAAAACCUCAGUUUUAGUGUGUUUUAAAUACAAUGAUGGCAUUUGCGUUAUUGUAUGUAAAAUUAACGCGACUGCCGUUAUUGUAUAUUUUUCUUUUUUAAAUAUUUGUGAAUUGCUUCAGAGUGUUUUGCUCAAUCAGAACUUUGAAUAUUUAUUUUACAUAAGUAAAAAAGAAAAGUAUGCUAUUUCAAGCAUUAUAAUAUGAGUAAUAAGGUGUAAUAUUGCUCGUAAAUUAACAGACUGAUGAUAUGUUUGUAUGUUUUGCGCUAAUUAUUGUUUAGAACAGUCAACGAAUUACGUUUCCAACUUGUUAUCACUUUAUCCUGAAGUUAUCGUUAGAAAAUCAACUUUCGCCAUUGUUUUCGGGACCUCUCCUCCAAGGGAAAGAUGACGCAAUAGUGUCUACCGUUUUUGCUCACUAGAUGGCGCUAAUAUAGAAUAUAGUAGACAGUUUAUUCAAUCACUGCCUUUCUCUGUCGUUUGGCUCUUGGCUGAGUGGUCAUGGUCACGUUGAGGAAACCGUAUUUACAUUACUGUCUUUACGAUCUCCUGCCGCCUCUCUCUGUUUGUAGACUGUCUGGCGCAGUUUGACAGUUCGGUGUUAAUAGUGCUAUCAAAAAUUGAAAGUCCAAUGACCCAAUAAUACAUUCGCGUUAAGAAUGCAGUAAAUCAUCAUUGUCUGUCGGCCUAGCCCCGCCCCUUAAACUGUCAAACACCAAGCGGUCACCGGUGACCGCAACCUAUUGUUCUAUAAUUGUGUCUACAAAACCGG